AGAAUUUCAAACUUGAUUUUCCAAUAUUACCCUUUUUUCUUCCUCAAAUUCUCGUUUCGCAACUGAAUUCCCCCACUCUCUCUCCAUUCACACACUCUCGCUUUCUCUCUCCUCACUAUGGAGAAAGCAGAGUCCUCCACCGCUUCCACCUCCGAUCAAGAUUCCGACGAAAACCACCGCACACAACACCACCUAACACUCCCCUCCGGCCUCCGUCAACACGAAUUCGACUCCCUCAUCCCUUUCAUCAACUCACACCACACCUACCUCAUAGGCCCCAACCAAUGCUCCACGCUUCUCGCUCAACGCAUCCACGCGCCACCGCAAACCGUCUGGUCCGUCGUCCGAAGCUUCGACAAACCGCAAAUCUACAAACACUUCAUCAAAAGCUGCUCUCUCAAAGAAGGUUUUCAAAUGAAAGUCGGUUGCACUCGCGACGUCAAUGUCAUCUCCGGUCUCCCGGCGGCGACUAGCACCGAGAGACUCGACGUUCUUGAUGACGAACGUCGUGUUACCGGUUUCAGUAUCAUCGGCGGUGAACACCGUUUGAAGAAUUACCGUUCCGUUACUUCCGUUCACGGUUUUGGUGACGGUGAUAACGGUGGUGAGAUCUGGACCGUUGUUUUGGAAUCUUAUGUCGUAGAUGUUCCUGAAGGUAAUACUGAAGAGGAUACGCGUCUUUUUGCUGAUACCGUUGUGAAGCUUAAUCUUCAGAAGCUUGCAUCUGUCACCGAAGGAAAGAAUCGUGACGGUGACGGUAAGUCACAUUAGUAGGGUCCAUUGAACCGCAAAUUUUAUUCAACACACAAAAAAAUGAAAUGAAAUGAAACUUGAUUAAUGUCUUCUGCAAGUUGAAAGUAUUGUUCUUCUGAAACGGCGAGAUCACCUGACACGUCUUUUAUCAGAAGUGUUCGGAUACAUUCCUUCUCGAAUGCAUCCAAAAAUUGGAAAUCACGUUUUUUUUAGUUCUUUUAUUUUGUGCGAGACUUUUUUUUUUUUUUCUUUUAUGGUGAAUUUGAUUUUCCACUUUUUUUUUGACAAAGAUUUUCCACUUUUAUAAUGCAACAUGUUCAAGUGGAUGAAUGAAUGAAUGCACGUCGAGUUUGAAAGUUGUGAAUUGCAAUGUGUAAGGGCAUAUAAGUCAAUGCAAGUUGUACAGAAAAUGUUGACUUGUUGAUGUGAUUUGAUCAUUGUGAAUAUUAUUUGCUUUUAGCCUCGAUUUUA